GCACCAACUGGACAAUCAAUGCAAAUGCCGACCGACCGACCGAUGGAUCCCCUUAUCGGCCGGCCCCGCAGCCGGCCUUCUCUCCGAUCCUCCAAUUCAACUCCCCUCCUCACCAACACUCCAACACUUCUUUCUCCCCUUCUCCCCUCUCCUCUCCAACCUCAACCCACCAACCCACACCAACCAACACAAUGACCUCCGAUUCCAACUCUACCUUCCAAAUCCACUACUUCGCCAGCGCAUCCAGCUACACGGGGAAACAAACCGAGCGUCUCGCGGCCCCGCUGCCCCUAUCCCAGCUCUUCGACACGCUGGAGGCCCUCUACCCCGGCAUCCGGGAGGCAGUGCUCACUAGCUGCGGCGUCAGUCUGGGGGAGGAAUACGUUGAUGUGGAGGAUAAGGAGAGUGGGGUUGUUAUUGCGGAGGGGGACGAGGUCGCCGUUAUUCCGCCGACACCCAGUCUAGAUGAGGACUUGCUGGACCCAUCGACCGACGUUCUAAACAACCCGCUGAAGAAGGAAUUCGACGAGCACAAGAACAUACGCAGCUACUUGCUAAAAUGGCAAGCCUCCGCCGUCAACUCGAUGGACCCGGUGCGGGGACCUGGAACCUCGAACCCUCUGGAUCCAUCGGUGCCGUGGGUGGGAAACAUGUUGAACGACAGCCGUGAAACUCAUGACAACGCAAGCGAUGCCCUACGAAUAGGAGAUGAAGCCUUGAAUUUUGACAACGCUGCAGACGAGGGAGAGGGACUGGGCCAGUACUUGGAGCCUGGUGAUCUGGUGGCGAUGAGCUCCGGGGACGGUCCUUUGACCUUCGCCAUAUACCUCCGCUCCAUCCAUAAGCAGCAACAAUUCUAUACAGACCGCGGGAAGUGGCGUAUCUCGUUUCCGAAAGACCUUGCCUACGUCGUCAAGGGAUUUGUGUCCCCCGACCUGCUCGAGCCCCUUUUUCCGCACCUCCCCGAUGUCGCCGCCCAGAUGCAGACGGAAUUACAGUCCAUCAUUGAGGGCGGCAUACCGAGGAAGGCCGGAGCUCAUCUUCUAAAGAAGAUCGACCAGUUUGACCGAGACACUCAAGACCUCUACCGCGAAAAUUCAGCUCGUCUGGAUCGUAUCCAUGAAAUCGUUGCCGACCAAACCGAAUACCGGGAAUAUACGUUGGAGGAGCUUACUUGCAAGGCGCUUGAAAUCGAACCACACCAAUUGACUGAUGUGUAUCUGUUUCUCAUUCACCGCCUGACCCAUAUGCAUUCAUUCUACAUCGAAUGUGACCGGAGUUCACUUUUCACCAACUACUACCUCGUUAAGCCACUCCGGGUUGCCCAAAACAUCGACCAGGUCACCCAGUGGGUCCAUGAACACCAGGAUCACCUCUACCAGAGCGUCCAUGGCAAGGGCAGUCCUCAUUUCCAGGCUCAUCCGCUGCAGAAAUUCAUCCAAAAGGCCCAGCGCCUCAUUAAGCUCAGCCGAAGCGUUCGUGCCCCGACCACCAUGUCCUGUGUUGGUCCAACUGGGCAGCGAUUUGACCUGUCUCAAGAGGACAUACGCUCGGCAUAUCGUGAGAUUCCGACGGAGCCGUUCUCCGACACCGAUCGCAUGAUCAUUGAAUACUUACAGAUGUGGUGCCUUCCUCCUCGUCGGAUGGCAUCUGGAAGCAUGCGAUCGGCCGGAUCGCACAUCAUGCGCAGUACGGGCAUGUAUGGUACCGUGGACUUGAACCCGUUAACGGGAAACCUGUUUCUGCAAGAAUUGGGUGUCUUUUACCCGUGGGAUAACCUGCGUCUAUUCGACCAAGGUCUAGCGCUCCCGGGCCAUGGCACCUCCCCCAGUUCUGACGACGCCGCGUGGAAGGAGGUUCAGCAGGAAUGCGAGCAGCUCGGCUCAGAAGUACUUCCUGACAAGAUGCACGAUGUUCGGACCGACUGGGGUGAUCUGCCGGUAUACUGUGUGGACGACGUCACCGCGGAGGAGAUUGAUGACGGCGUCUCGCUCGAACGCAUACCAGGGUCGGAUGAUACCUUCUGGAUCCGUAUCCACGUUGCCAACCCCACUGCUUUCAUUGAUCCCGAAGGAGCGACCAUGAAGUACGCCGCUUCGCGUGUCCAGACAUUCUAUUCUCCAGAGCGCACGUAUCCCAUGAUCCCUAGCUCUCUGACGCAGAAACACUUUAGUUUGGCUGCAGGACGUCCCACGCUCACUUUUAGUGCUAAGAUGAACUUGCAAGGUGAGGUACUGGAUAUGAACGUCUCCAAUGGCACCGUCAACAAUGUGAUUUACAUAACGCACGACAAGUUGCGCAGUCUGUUCGUGUCCGACGCCGGGAAGCAUUUGGAGCCCUUGACUGUGGGAGGGGCAAUGCCGAAGAAGAUCUUCCGUGAGGGUCUGCAAGAAGAACUGGCGCCAGAGGACGAGGAGAACUUCCACAUUAUGAGGAAGUUGAUGCUGGCGUUCCGAGAGUACAGGCACAAGAACGGCGCAAUGGAGUGGCCUUUCCAAACCAACAUUUCUGUCUCAAUGGCUGUUGGGCACGAGCCUUUGAAGCCUUCCAGCUUUGAAGCCACGCAGGGGCGUUACAUUAUCGGCGAUCCCAUUAUCCAGCUGGCCCAACAGCAGGUGGACCCUCAUGAGGUCGUUGAUACCUCGAAAUAUGACCUCAUUUCCUUACUCAUGAACAUGGGAUGCUGGGUCUCUGGGAAAUGGCUGGCUGAACGCAACAUCCCUUCCGUCUACAACGGAACAUAUUACCACCCUGAGUAUGCCCAGGUGACCAGCACAAACAUGUCCGAAUACGGCGGAAAGCAGUGGCUGGAGCUGGCACCCCCCAAAGGAAUCACCUCAUCCAGUCCACUCAAGCACACGCCUCUCGGGCUAGACACCUACGUCAAGUCCACCAGUCCCUUGCGACGAUACAGCGAUGUGAUUGCUCACUACCAGAUAGAGGCCGCGCUGCGCUUCGAGCACGAAAACGGCCGGCGCCUAGACGCUCAGACCGAUGGGUCUGCUCUGCCCUUCUCUCGCGACUACGUUGAUCAGUAUCUUUCGUCAACCCGCUGGAAAUCCAACCGGCUCCGAGACUGCGACAAACACUCGAAGCAGUUCUGGGCAUGCAUGCUCAUGUUCCGGGCCUUCUACUUCGCGGAAUGUCCCCUUCCGGAAACGUUUGAGUGCCUGAUCCACCGGCCGUUCAGCAAUACCUCCUUGGCCGGAACCCCCUACGGGCACGGGUAUGCCGCCGUCAUGCCGUCGACGGGGGUGCGCUGUCAAGUCCUGAUCCCCAAGGAUAUGGCCGAAACGGCCGAUCUGGACAUUCUCAGUACCGUGGAGGCCAAAAUCACCGCGGUGGAUAUGGCACGUACCAUGGUUGUCAUGGAAGCCACGCGGGUCAUCAAGCCCUUCGAACGGACGGGCGAAUGGCAGUGACGCCCAUGUCACUUGCCUUGUUCUUAUAUCAAGCGAAAUUCGGUCUUGUGUUGUAUACUGUAUCAUAGCUGC